UCUGUUUUGUCAACACAUUUUGAUAAAAUUUUAGCUUAACUUUCUCAAGUUUAUCAUUGACGGGUCUUUCUAAUGUUAAUAAUUUUGAGAUGAUGGAGACACUUAUAGAGAUUUAUUUUCUGAAAGAAAACAUGGAGGAGACGAGCGAGAGUCUUGCCUGGUUAGAGAAAUACGAGAUCCAAGAAUUUCCGUUGAUCAGACUCAGAGAGACAUCGACCAUCGAUGACGACGUGGAAAUCAUAUUCAAACCACAAGACGACACAGCGGUGAGUUAUCAACGCCUGAUGUUGAGUUUUGACGAAGAUUUGCUUUAUAGGAGACACGAGCUCGCAACCGCCUUUAAUUCCUUCGUCUGGCCCGUAUACUCAGAUUUUGUCGACCUUCAAGAAGAUCUUUUUCUCGGAGAAGUUAGUGAAGAGCCACGGACAUCUCUUAGUAAGACUCGAAGGAUACGAGAUCCUCCUCCUCGAGUAUCUCGUCGAUCGUCAGAAGUAUCUAGACCGAUUUAUCUCCGCCAUAGAUUUCUCCCACAGUCAAGGAAACAAUAUUCUUCUUCUCGACGCCAACGUUAAUCUUAUAAUUACGCACUCUCAUUUCAAAUUUAUCCACGAAUAUGUUUGUGUGUGUGUGUGUGUGUGUUGUGAAUAUCCUAAUAAUCGGGUGUUUAUGAAGUCCGAAUAAGCCUAAAGGCACUGGUGUGAUGUUUAUAUGAUGGAAUGGUAAAUGGUUAUUGAACAAAUCAUGCAAUCGUAUAAUU